UUCUGACAAUGAAAUAAAGAAAAUUGAUCGUCACACAUUUGAUGGACUAUGUAGUUUAGAAAUGUUAUCAUUCAAUAGCAAUGAAACAAAAGUCCAACUUCGUGAUAUUUUUACUUUAAGAAAUUUAAAGUUUGUUGAAGUGUCCUGUGAAAAUUGCUGCCCCUUUCUUUGUUUGAAUAAUAGUAUGAUAUGUAACUGCAAUGGAGACCCGAGAAAGAAAUGCCCACGGAGGCUGUUGCAUAAAGAAAGUUAUCGUGUGUUUGUGUGGAUUACCGUUGUUCUCAUUUUUGUUGGCAAUAUUUUUGCUCUGAUAAUGAGGCUUCUUUUUGCCGAGUUACAUACAGUACAAAAUCUUUUUAUUUGCAAUUUAUGCUUGAGUGAUAUGUUGAUGGGAGUGCAUUUGGUUGGAAUAAUUUACAAAGAUCUUGCAACAGACGGUGAAUACCUUCUUCAUCAAUGUCUAUGGCCAAAGGAAACGACAUGUAAAGUUCUUGGAGCUAUCUCGAUUAUUUCAAGCGAGGUUUCGGUGUUUACACUAAUCUUUAUUGCAUACGACAGAUUUUUGUAUGUUGUUCAUGGUUUACAUCAUAAAAAGAUCCGAUACCGUACAGCAUUGGUACUUUUAUUGUUUACAUGGCUAAUAGCUGCUGCUGUUGGUGUUUUGUCUAUUUGUCUUCCUAAUUACAUACCCCAGUGUCAAGGAAGGAAACUUGAUUACCAGUAUUUCCGGAAGAAAUGUGUACCAGUGGAGUUCGAAGAAAAAAACACUGUUUUUUGGUAUUACAGUAUUGCAAUAUUUGGCGUUAUUAACCCUGCAGCAGCUGUGUGUCUGAUCAUCCUUUACAUGAGAAUAUUCUUUUCGUUUUACAUGACAUCAAGAGAUGCAGAAAAUCGAACUUACGACCAUCGCGUUAUGGCAAAAAGAUUGUCUAUAAUUGUUUUCACAGAUGUCUGCUGCUGGAUUCCCGUUUCAACACUUUUUUUUAUAGAUCACGAAAACAGUCAUCUUGUUUACAAAUUAUUUAUUUUUGUUGUGACCAUUAACUCGGCCAUCAAUCCGUUCCUCUAUACAUUAAGUGCUCCCACGUUUUGGAAUGUAGUGAAGAAAUUCUUUCUCAGAAUUUUCAAUAAAUGGAAGUAAUAAUGGUUGUGACAAAAUGCUAUGGAUUUAUGAAUAUACUUAAUUAUUAAGUUGUUUUCGUCAAUGGAAAUUCUUAUCAUGAAUUAAGCACAUUUCACUCCUCUAUUUUCAAGUAGAUCAGCUCGAUUUGACUGAUCUAACACUACAUAAUAAUCACAGUUAGUAAACUGCUAAAGUUUCAUAUAAUGUUGCACUUGUAGCUAAAUUAACAAUUAAAAUUUUAGGUGGAAUUUUGAACAACUGUGUAACUGUAUUGAUAUUCCUAUAGCCAUGGAUAAAUAAACUCAUGCGUGUAUUUCACAA